AUGACCCUUCGCGUAAUGCCACCCUCACCACCCAAAACCUUCACGGUGCACUCCUCCCUCCUUUUCGACCCCAAGCAAAAGGCCUUCCGGAAGAACAUCUCGAUAGAAAUCGACCGAGACACCGGUUCCAUAGCCAAUGUCUACGAACGUAAUGACGACGAUGAUGAUGACUUCCAGCUUCUUGCCGGGGACAUCGACCUGAGGGGAGCCAAGUGUGUGUUGCCCGGUUUGGUAGAUAGUCAUACGCAUGUGUUUUUGCAUUCGUACGUCGACCGCCCCUCGAUAGAACAAAUGCGCGACGCCUCCCCCGUCGAACGCAUCCUCCGCGCCACCUCGCACGUCCGCGCCGCCUUGCUCGCGGGAUUCACCACCUACCGCGACCUCGGCACCGAAGCCCUCGGCCCCGCCGACGCCCAGUUACGCGACUGCAUUAACCGCGGCCUCGUCCCGGGGCCACGCAUGUUCGUAGCCACGGACGCCUUAGCCUCCAACGGCUCCUACGAGAUCCGGCGGGAGAACAAAUCCCUUUCCGGCCCCCUGGGCCCCAGCAACAUCCCCAGCAACGGGGGCUUACUGGUCCCCCGUGCCUCCGACCCAUGCGACGGCGUAGAUGGCGUCAGAGCGGGGGUGCGAAGGCGGGUCGGCGACGGCGCGGAUAUCAUCAAGUUUUAUGCGGAUUACAGAAGGAAAGUAAUGCGCUUCCCUGGCCCGGGAGUGUCGAAUACUUCCAACCAGGCUAUCUUGUUCCCGCCCGAUGAUCCGCGCAAGCGAAACCCUGCUGUGCCGCUUUUUGACCAGGACGAGAUGGACGCCAUUGUGCGCGAAGCGAAGCUCGCUGAAUUACCGGUGGCCGCACACGCGGGCGAGACCAAAGCGGCGCUGAUGGCGGCGAAGGCGGGCGUGACGACGAUGGAACACAUGUUUGAGGACUCGAAUGGGUUGUUGGAUGAAGUGCUCAAAGAGAUGAAGAGGCAGGGGACGAUUUGGGUGCCGACGCUGGCGACGGUGGAGAGCGCUGCGCCGCAGUUUAUGGAGGAUUGCCUUGCGGCUGUGAAAAAGGCGGUAAACGAGUACGGGGUGAGGGUGGUGACGGGGGGUGAUACGGGGGUUAUUGACCACGGCUUGAACGCGAGGGAGUUGGAACUGUUUGUGAAGGCGGGGAUUAAGAUCGAGGAUGUGUUGGAAAUGGCGACGGUGGGCGGGUGGGAGGCGUGUGGAGGAGAGCUGACGGGGUAUCGGUUUGGCUGGUGGGAGAAGGGGUGUAGGGCGGAUAUCAUUGCGUUGGAUGCGGAUCCGAGAGAGGAUGGGAAGGCGCUGAGGAAGGUGGGGUUUGUGAUGAAGGAUGGUAAAGUGUGGAAGCGGGAUGGACGAGCUGUUGAUAUGAUCACUGUCCCGGAGUUUCCGCCGUCCAUGGAUGAUUGA